UGCUAAUUUCGCAAGUACUCUGCCAUCGUUCCGUGAUUCAGUUCAAGUAGAACGACAUUAUCUCUCCACACCCCCUUUUAAAAAGCAUGGACACUCCCGAAGAGGCUGGACCUACUGGACGUACUGUUGACAUCGAACUUGGGAGCGGUCAAGAGGUCAUCACUAUCGAUUUGGAGGACUUGGACCCGAAUCCCAAGGAUGUGUUGGAUUUGCUGAAUGAAGGGCAUCCGAGUGUCUGGGUAUGGACGAAGCUCGCUGCUGAAUAUUGGAGAAAAGGGUACCUGGAGGCAGCCGAGUUGAUUGCGACCACAGCAAUACAGGUCGUGACAGCCGAUGGGUUUCCCGCUACCCUGCCACCCAUAUAUGCACUUCUAGCCAACAUUCAGGUGGCCAACGCUCGGACAGCGCCAAAGAUAGUGUUACACAACGCCGAGCAGGACAUAUUGGCCAGUGCGAAAACGAAGGACGAUUUUCACCGUGAAGCAGCUCACCAUUUGAACAAGGGUGACCGGUUAAGUUAUACAGAGGGGGGGUCUAUGAUUAGUGGAACACUUGCGUUUUUGACUCGAGGUAUCCAGCAGCUAGCUACCCGCUCUAUGGAUGAUGCCAUGCGUUCGUUUGAAGGGGUUUUAGUGGAGAAACCGACCAAUGUUGUUGCUCUACUCGGAAAGGCCCGGAUUCUGUAUGCGCGUAGAAACUAUCCUCUGGCGUUGCAGACAUUCCAGAAUGUUCUACGGAUGAGUCCCCGCUGUCAACCAGAUCCUCGCAUUGGUAUAGGUUUGUGUCUUUGGGCCUUAGAUGACAAGGCGAAGGCGAAAGCCGCCUGGCAGAGAAGUUUGGAAGUGAAUCCUUCAGAGUGGGCAGCCCAGCUUCUUCUGGGUUUGGAGUCCAUAAAUGCAAGUAAGAGUGAUCAUCCCUCCGAAUCAACACGUGUCCAUCUGUUCACGAUGGGAACAAAGUACAUCGAGAAAGCCUUUCAGCAAUCUACUCGAAAUAAUGCAGCAGCUGCUAAUGCACUAUGCGAAUUCUUCCUUCAGAAAGGCGACGUGACGAGGAGCCUGAAGCUAGCUGAACGUACCAUUCAGUUCGCCGAUACGUUAACAAUUCUGACGGAGGGGUACAUACGAGCUGGUCGUGUUGCACAUGCCCAAGGAUCUCUCGCCCAGGCUCACAAACAUUAUUCGGUUGCCCUUGAAGGGCAGCCCAAGAAUAUACUGGCAAGCAUAGGAUUAGCACAGAUCCAGAUCAGUAGUGAUGAACUGGCGGCGGCUAUCCACACGCUUGAUACUCUUAUCCAACGUCCCAACCCUCAGGAUUCUCUGGAGGCUACGCUCAUACUGGCAUCUUUGCGUGCUUACCCUCGACCAGGCGUGUCGAGUUCAGAUAUCGCCCAGGAGAAAAUGCGCGCUCGGGAACUCUUCGAACGCGUCAGUAAGCGGCUGGAAAUGGACGAAACGAAAGCAAACGGACGGACUAGACCCAAGGUAUCUCCUGUUAUCAGCGAAGACAUGGACAUGUAUGUUGAGAUUGCAAGGCUAUGGCAAGACGAGAACUUGGAUAAAACUGUUGCUGCAUUAGGAGAGGCGUUGAAGAUCAGCAGCUUGUCGGCCAGUGUAGGCCAAGUCGAUGUUCAGCUGUUAAACAACCUCGGUGUGCUGCGUCACCUUACGGAGCAGUUGCCGGAUGCCAGAACAUUAUACGAGAAUGCCCUUAUCAAGGCGGCUGGGCUUGGUCCUGAUAUUGGCGAGGGCGUGUCAACAUCCAUUUUGUAUAACCUUGCCAGAGUCUACGAGGACCAGGGAGAAGAUGGGUUGGCGAAGGAUGCCUAUGAGAAGUUGCUUUCACGACAUCCGGAGUAUGUUGACGCCAAAAUACGGCAGGCACAAAUGCUCACUAAUUUGCGACGCAAUAUCGACGCACAUGACCUUCUGAAGCAGGCGCUAGCAUCACAGAAUAAGGACCUCAAUGUCCGCGCAUUCUAUACCUAUUUCCUAAUUCAAAGUGGCUUGCCUAAGCUGGCGAAAGAUUUCGUGUUCACGACUCUGAAGGAUCACGACAAACACGAUGUCUACUCUCUUUGUGCGGCCGGUUGGAUUAUGUAUCAGCAAUCUCGAGAAAGUCGAGAUGCUACAUCCAAGGGUACCGACGAUCGGCGCCGUGGAUUCCAGCGUUCUGCCGAAUUCUAUGAAAAAGCUCUGUCGCUGGAUCCCCUUUGUGCAUUCGCAGCUCAGGGUUUGGCCAUCGUCACAGCAGAAGAUGCUCUCGGUACUUUAAGUGGGGGACAACCUUUGUCGAAUACGGAUGAAGCUCUGAAACGACUGCAUAACUCGCGUGAAGCUCUUGACGUCUUCGGAAAGAUUCGAGAGUCACUGAACGAUGGUAGUGUGUACUUCAACAUGGGGCAUUGCUAUUAUUCUCGUGAUGAAUAUGACCGAGCGAUUGAAAGUUAUGAAACAGCUUCUACACGUUUCUACCAUGGCCAAAAUGUGUCAGUGCUUCUGUGUCUCUGUCGUUCAUGGUACGCCAAGGCAACAAAAGAUCAGUCGUAUAAGGCGAUGACUACGGCACUACAUUAUGCUCAGAAAGCCUUGCAUAUACAACCUAAUGACAAAGCCAUUCUUUACAAUAUUGCCAUGAUUCAACAGAAAUCAGCUGAGAUGCUCUUUGCCAUUGAUCCUUCAAAACGGACCUUGAAAGACUUGCGCCGCGUAAUUAACCAGGCAGCUCACGCACAAAAAAUCUUUGGCUCUCUUGCUUCGGACAAAUCAGAAAAUGUACCAUAUAGUCGCGACAUUGCCGAUCAAAGACGAAAGUACGGCGAUAGCAUGCUCCGGAAAGGCGAUGAACAUCUAGCCAACCAGAAGCUGUAUGAAGAUCGUGCACAAGCUAAACUGUCCGAUGCACGGCAGAAACGGCAAGAGGAGAGGGAUCGAAUGGAAGCACAACAGGUUGUAUCAUCAUUUUUUUAAUAAUAUUUAUACUGACUGCGAGUAGCGCGAGAGGGCCGAGCGAGAACGUU